GGACUGCGCUGACUGGGCGGGGCUUUCGGGUCGCGAACAGGAAAAGAAAGCGGGACGACACUCGAAAGCAAAACGAUGGCUGCCAUCCGCAAGAAGCUGGUGAUCGUUGGGGACGGAGCGUGCGGAAAGACCUGCCUGCUCAUCGUUUUCAGUAAGGACCAGUUCCCUGAGGUAUACGUCCCCACCGUGUUUGAGAAUUAUGUGGCAGAUAUCGAGGUAGACGGUAAACAGGUGGAGCUGGCGCUGUGGGACACAGCAGGACAGGAAGACUACGACAGACUGAGGCCGCUCUCCUACCCCGACACUGACGUCAUCCUCAUGUGCUUCUCCAUCGACAGCCCUGACAGUCUGGAGAACAUUCCAGAGAAAUGGACACCAGAGGUGAAGCACUUCUGUCCGAACGUUCCCAUCAUCCUGGUGGGAAACAAAAAGGACCUUCGGAAUGACGAUCACACACGGAGGGAGCUUGCCAAGAUGAAACAGGAGCCUGUUAAAGCAGAAGAGGGAAGAGACAUGGCCAACCGCAUCAACGCCUCCGGGUACCUAGAGUGUUCUGCCAAAACUAAAGACGGCGUCAGGGAUGUGUUCGAAAUGGCCACCAGGGCGGCGCUGCAGGCCAAGAAACGUAACAAGAAAAACGCUUGCGCUCUCCUAUAAAGGAGAAUGAGGGCAUAAUUAGGGAGAGGGGGAGGGAGGGACAGAAAUACAGGCCACAGAUAGGGAGAGAUGGAGAAGGGAGGAGAGUGAAAGAGAGAGAGGGCGCCCACUAAGGGUUAUAUAAGCACCUCGGGGUAAGUCAUUUACUAAAGUACGCCAAAGGACCCAAUGAAAGUGGGGUAACAAUGUAAAGGGAUUGAGUCGUAUUCUCCCCCCCAUGACACACUGUUCCCAUAGCAACGUUCUCGAGCGUGAGCGCUCACAUCCUUCCAUCAGCUGCUCCUGAACCGCGGUGGAUGGAAUCCUGUGGUUUAAUUCAAUAAGGGAACUGCCCGUUCAAAACACACACACACACACACACACACACACACUGUAGUGGUGUUGAACACGCACACACACUCAAACGUCCACUCAGUGAUUUGGAGCUGAACGGCUCCAGUGUAAAGCGCAUUUAUCAGUAACAAUACUAACGCCUCACUCUUUCUACACUCCAUUACGUACUGUAACGUUUUAGAAGCUGUUCAGGUCCCGGAACCUGCAGCUCCAGAUGUGCACAUCUGUCACUGUUCAGCUCGAAUGACGACACGUCUCAGAGUUUUAUAUUAAAUAUAUAAAUAUAUAUAUAUAUUUUCCUUCUGGUGUUGUUAGGAUAUCAUUGUUGUUUUUCUACUUCUUAUUUGUGCUGUGUGCUUUAACAGCUAUGUGACUUCCUGCUGGCUUUUUCUGUAUCACUUUCAUUUAUUCUAAAAGAAAAAAAAAGUUUUAAGAUAGUUAAAAACAAAUCAGGAUUUUUUUUCAGAGUUGUUUAAUGCCAUGUUAUAAAACACAGAUGAUUUCUGAAGGUAUUCUGUUCUGUUUUAAAAUAAAAAACCUUUCAUUGAUCACGUAAUCUUUUGUAUACAAAAGCAGAUAAACAAAUAAACUUUGAGUAACUCUGUCA